CCACUUAUGUUUGUUUGCCCUUCAUGACAUACAACAAGGAGAAGAGAUAACAUAUGAUUAUGGAGGUGAUGACUGCCCAUGGAGGAUGAAGAACACCCUGCAUGGAGCUGGUGUCCGUCCUGCAGAAGCCUGCUCCUCUGCUUGGCCUUUAGAGACACAGUUUGAAGAGGCUCCAGGUCCACGUUACCCUGAUCCACAGACCACCCUGCAUGGAGCUGGUGUCCGUCCUGCAGAAGCCUGCUCCUCUGCUUGGCCUUCAGAGACACAGUUUGAGGAAGCUCCAGGUCCACAUUACCCUGAUCCACAGACCACCCUGCAUGGAGCUGGUGUCCGUCCUGCAGAAGCCUACUCCUCUGCUUGGCCUUUAGAGACACAGUUUGAGGAAGCUCCAGGUCCACAUACCCCUGAUCCACAGACCACCCUGCAUGGAGCUGGUGUCCGUCCUGCAGAAGCCUGCUCCUCUGCUUGGCCUUCAGAGACACAGUUUGAGGAAGCUCCAGGUCCACAUUACCCUGAUCCACAGACCACCCUGCAUGGAGCUGGUGUCCGUCCUGCAGAAGCCUACUCCUCUGCUUGGCCUUUAGAGACACAGUUUGAGGAAGCUCCAGGUCCACAUACCCCUGAUCCACAGACCACCCUGCAUGGAGCUGGUGUCCGUCCUGCAGAAGCCUGCUCCUCUGCUUGGCCUUUAGAGACACAGUUUGAGGAAGCUCCAGGUCCACGUUACCCUGAUCCACAGACCACCCUGCAUGGAGCUGGUGUCCGUCCUGCAGAAGCCUGCUCCUCUGCUUGGCCUUCAGAGACACAGUUUGAGGAAGCUCCAGGUCCACAUUACCCUGAUCCACAGACCACCCUGCAUGGAGCUGGUGUCCGUCCUGCAGAAGCCUACUCCUCUGCUUGGCCUUUAGAGACACAGUUUGAGGAAGCUCCAGGUCCACAUACCCCUGAUCCACAGACCACCCUGCAUGGAGCUGGUGUCCGUCCUGCAGAAGCCUGCUCCUCUGCUUGGCCUUCAGAGACACAGUUUGAGGAAGCUCCAGGUCCACAUUACCCUGAUCCACAGAACCAUCAGCAGAGGACACUCUUCCACGCACUGAGGGGAAUGCAUUACCACCAACACUUAGUGAUCCAGACCACUCUCAGAGGAAGAAGAGGUAUCUUUUGGUGUCAGUACAGUGAGACCUUCUUCUAAAAGGUAAAGCAGCACAGAAAAGAAGACCCUGGCAGCAGCACAUGAAUCGGUUCGUUUAAAGGCUGAACCAGAAGCUCUCAAGAACCGUGACUGGCAGACCUUAAAGUUUUAUGUCUAUAACAGCAAAGCUGGUACUCCAGCCAUGUUAUAUGUUUGUUGAAUGCAAUUUCUAUGUUUACUUGUUAAUUUACAAAGCAGUUUCUGAAGUGCUUGUAUGGUUUAUACCUCAGUCUGCUGAUGAAUGUCAAAUUUGAGACUAGCUGGGUUAGCUGGGUUAAUUCUAAAGUUCAUUCAUGCUUUUAAACUUUGACUUUGAUGUCCUGAUUUAUUUUGUAUAAAUACUCCUUAUA